AUGGUAUUAGCAGACCUAGGAGCGAGGCUACACGGAGCUUUGAAUCAGUUAUCAAGGGCGUCGGUGGUGGAUGAUCGUGUCAUAGACGCUUUACUCAAGGAGCUAUGUGCAGCAUUACUGGAAGCAGAUGUCAAUGUUAAGCUGGUCUCUCAGCUACGUACGAAGGUGAAAGCUAAGGUGAAGAAGAGUUUAGAUGAAGCUGAGAAGGCAGGAGGAAGGGAAGCGAACAAGAAGAAUGUAGUUCAGAAGGCUGUAUUCGAUGAGCUUGUAGCAUUGGUAGAUCCCGGUACCGAACCUUACAAGCCCGUCAAGGGCAAGACAAACGUAUUGAUGGCGGUAGGUAUACAAGGUGCAGGUAAAACUACUACAUGUACGAAACUGGCUGUACACUACGCUAGGAAAGGAAUGAAGACUGGUUUGGUAUGUGCGGAUACGUUCAGAGCGGGUGCUUUUGAUCAGUUGAAACAAAAUGCAACGAAAGCGAAGAUACCUUUCUAUGGAAGUUACACUGAAACGGAUCCAGUGGCGAUCGCUUCACUGGGUGUAGAGAAAUUCAGAAAGGAACGAUUCGACGUGAUCAUAGUGGAUACCUCAGGACGACAUAAACAGGAGUCAGAAUUGUUCGAAGAGAUGGUAGCGAUUUCAUCGGCGGUCAGUCCAGAUAUGACGAUCAUGGUGUUAGACGCUUCGAUAGGUCAGGCGGCAGAAGGUCAAAGUAGAGCGUUCAAGGACUCAGCGGAUUUCGGAGCAAUAAUAGUAACCAAAUUGGAUGGUCACGCUAAAGGUGGUGGUGCUAUCUCAGCUGUCGCGGCGACGAAGACGCCAAUUAUAUUCUUGGGUACUGGAGAGCAUCUACAUGAUCUGGAGAAAUUCAACCCGCAGCCUUUCGUUUCGAAGUUAUUGGGUAUGGGCGACAUGCAAGGAUUGGUUGAACAUAUGCAAGAUAUAGCGCGAUCUAAUCCCGAUCGACAGAAAGAUCUAGCAAAGAAAUUGGAGCAAGGUAAAUUCACUAUAAGGGAUUGGAAAGAUCAACUAUCGAAUAUAAUGUCGAUGGGAUCCUUAUCGAAGAUCGCUUCGAUGAUACCUGGUAUGCCUGCUGGGAUGUUGGGUGAAGGCGGUGAAGAAGAAGCCGGAGCGAAAUUGAAAAGGAUGAUUUAUAUAACGGAUGCUAUGAGGCAGGACGAGUUGGAUUCGGAUGGAUUGAUCUUCGUGAGCUUCGAUAAAGCUGGGAACCCAAUAGGAUUGAACCGACGUGCGAAACGAGUAGCAAGAGGAAGUGGAACGAGUGUACGAGAGGUGGAAGAAUUACUAGCUCAAGCGAGAAUGAUGGCUGGUAUGGCCAAACAGGCUGGUGGCGCCAAUGGCUGGAUGUCGGCGAUGCAGAAGAUGCAAGCUGCUGCUGGUAAUAAACCUUUGGGACCCAAUGGUCAACCUUCUCCCGCACAAAUUGAGGCUAUGCGAAAAGCGAUGCCUCCUGAAAUGAUGCGAAAAUUGCGUGCUGCCGGUCCUCAGGGUGCUCAGAAGAUGAUGCAGGAGAUGAUGGGGGGUAUGGGAGGAAUGGGUGGUCCUGGAGGAAUGGAUAUGGGAUCGAUGAUGCGAAGUAUGAUGGGAGGUGGGGGACCCGGAGGAGGUGGAAUGCCUGAUAUGAGUCAAAUGGGUGAAAUGAUGAAGAAUAUGGGAAUGGGUGGGGGAGGUAUGCCUGAUAUGAGUCAGUUGAUGAAGAUGAUGGGAAGAGGAUAA